AUGGGUGUGAACCUUGAAGUUCACAGAAUCGCAUAUAAAACAUCUAAAAUGAAGGUAAGGGAUGACCCUGUCCCCAUUGACUGUGCAGGUACCCUUGCAGCCAGCCUGGAGCACCAGCACCGCAUUCAGUCCCGCACUUUCAAGCAAAAGCGCCUGAAGAUCAUCAACCUUUCCGCUGUCGCUAAAACUACGAAAAAGGCCAAGGGAAAGAAAUCAUCUACUGACUCUAAAGCUGGCCCAGCCACUGCCUUGCGUUCAGAGAAAUUCCUGCCAACUCUUAGAAGCCACUCUGUGCAGUAG